GCGACGUGCGCGCUCACGUCCCUGCGCGCUUCGCGAAGCGAGAACAGAAGAGGGCGAAAAAUCCAGCGAAAGCGAGUCCAGACCGAGCUUCCUGACCCGAGCGUGGCUUGUUGAGGAAGUUGCCUCCAAGCGCACCGACUUGCACGCGAAGCGGGAGGGGGGGAUUUUUUUUGCCUGCACAACUGCACGGGAUUCCUACGAGCGAGCGGCCGCACUUGUGCGCACGUCGGGGAGGUCUCCGUUGCGAGUUUUAGCCGGGGAGCAGCGGUGAACGCACCACGUCGUGCCGCUCGUGGAGGAGAGGCGAGCGGCGCAGAGCAGCGCAGCGAGGGGAGAAGUUUCCGCUGGCGUGUGUUGUCACUGCGGGGCUGCGAAAUCCGCAGGAAUGUCGCACAAGGAAAGACCCACGUUCUACCGACAGGAGCUCAACAAAACCGUGUGGGAGGUCCCGGAGCGGUACCAGAACUUAUCCCCAGUCGGCUCCGGUGCCUACGGAUCCGUGUGUUCAGCAUACGACGUGAAGACAGGCCUGAAGGUAGCGGUGAAGAAGCUGUCAAGGCCUUUCCAGUCCAUCAUCCAUGCAAAGAGGACCUACAGAGAGCUGCGGCUGCUCAAGCACAUGAAGCACGAGAACGUGAUCGGCCUAUUAGAUGUUUUCACACCAGCAACAAGCUUAAAGGAGUUCAAUGAUGUGUACCUGGUGACCCAUUUAAUGGGAGCAGACCUCAACAACAUUGUGAAAUGCCAGAAGCUGACUGAUGACCAUGUCCAGUUCCUCAUUUAUCAGAUCCUCAGAGGCUUAAAGUACAUCCAUUCUGCAGACAUCAUCCACAGAGACCUGAAACCCAGUAAUCUGGCUGUGAACGAAGACUGUGAGCUCAAGAUCCUGGACUUUGGUUUGGCCCGGCACACAGAUGAUGAAAUGACAGGCUACGUAGCCACGCGGUGGUACCGGGCCCCAGAGAUCAUGCUCAACUGGAUGCACUACAACAUGACGGUGGAUAUCUGGUCAGUGGGCUGCAUCAUGGCUGAGCUACUCACUGGACGGACGCUCUUCCCUGGCACAGACCACAUUGAUCAGUUGAAGCUUAUAAUGAUGCUCGUCGGAACUCCAGGGCCUGAGCUCUUGAUGAAAAUCUCUUCGGAGUCUGCAAGGAACUACAUCAACUCACUUCCCCACAUGCCCAAGAGGAACUUUGCAGAUGUUUUUAUUGGUGCCAACCCUCUUGCUGUAGACUUGCUGGAGAAAAUGCUGGUGUUGGACACAGACAAGCGAAUCACAGCGUCUGAGGCCCUGGCCCACUCGUACUUCGCCCAGUACCAUGAUCCAGAUGACGAGCCUGAAGCAGAACCAUAUGACCAGAGCUUCGAAAGCCGUGAGCUGGAAAUUGAAGAAUGGAAAAGCUUAACUUACGAUGAGGUACUCAGCUUUGUGCCCCCGUCAUUCGAUGGAGAUGAAAUGGAAUCCUGAGAAGUACCUUGUUGUCCAGAAACACUCUUUAAAGACUAUCAGUCUGAUGUGACUACCGACCAUUUACUUACACACAUGCACAACCAUGACAUUCAAGUGCCUGGCAUCAUUUACAUGUGGGCAACACUGGGAUAUCAGGGAUAAAACCCAUCACCAAUAUUGCUGUUUUUGUUACCUUGCAUCCCAACCUGCUGAGGCAGACUUUAAUUGUCCUUCUAUUUUUAUAGAGCCAUUUAUAUUUUGCCCCAUCGAUUCCCAAAAAGUAUAAAGUACACAAGUGUAUUUCAGCCAGUUAUAGAAAAUGAACUGCUGAUGAUAGGUAUUUUAUAAAGUUGUUGUUCUGCUCUAAACUAUACGCAGAAAGUUGAAUUUGGGAAAGGUUUUGAAACCAUAAAUGUGUCGCAACUUUCAUGUUUUCUCCAGCAUUCUCAUAUUUAUAUAAGCCAUCAUAUGCACAUAUGAUGGCAAACAGUAUUUGUAUGGAAGUACUCCUGACAAAACCCUACAAUGUGUGUCAUAAUUUGCUGAGCUGCACCUCAGAUAUAAUCCAGGAUGAAUUUUAUUAAGCGUUUAGCCUGAAACAGCAUAUAAAAAGACACAGUAUAUAAUUUAUUUCAUGUAUAGGAAAAACUAAAAUAUGUAGAAUAUUGACCAAGUUGGAAAUUCUAAGUCAUAAUUCUUCUUGGAUUUGAACGCUUCCAGCGUCCUAUUUUAUCACUUUGGUAAUGUACUUGUUUUAUGUUUUCAUUUCGCCUGUUUUUCCACCUUCUGUCUUCUGGCCCUUCUUUUGCUUCAGAAGAAUGUUUUUGCUAAGUCUACACUGCUUCAGCUUGAUGAAGCCACUUUUAGCUGAUUAGUUUAUUGAAAUUUGAUGUUUUCUUCACAACAUCAACUGACAGUGUAAUUUAAUCAUAUUGCAUUUAUACAACACAGUACUAUUAUUGUUUAUUGAAUGUUGGGGCACCAGUUUGCUCUGUAUUUAUGAUCUUUUGUUAUGUUGUUUGUAUAUCAAUGUGAAAGAUAUUUGUCAGAAUUUAUUGUUUCUUUUAUUUUGUUAUUUAUGGAAAGCUUACUGUACCAGAAACCAAAAGUCACAUCUUGUGUCAUUGGAAUCUUAGUGACUGCAGUUGUAGCUUAUCUAUUGUAGCAUUUGCUACUACUUUGCCCUGUAUACUAGAUUGGUGGACUUGCUCAUUCACAGAGUUUACUCACUAAAGUGUAUUUAUCUUUUAUUCCCCAAGGUAUUUCCUUCAAAUGUGAUCAUAUUUUCAUAGCAGAAACCAUCCAGAAAUCCAUAGUGUAUAUAUAGGAAACACCAACAAACCACUAAAUCUGUAAACAUUUAACAUUUAGGAAAAAUGAUUUGCAAACAGUUUUAGAAAUUGGACUAUAUUUUCCCAUCUAGACCCACAGUUGCUCUGGCUAGUGACAACCAAACUAUUAAUGACUUCACACUGUCCUGUUCCACAGCUUAUUUUCCUUUUUAGGUUUUUUCAAAAGUAUUGUGUUAAUUCAAAAUCUUUUUGUGUUGUUCUGUGAAUCUGUACAAUGUAUUGUUUUUAUGAGCACAACUAGAAGCAUAUUUGUCAGUCAUUGAAUAAUUUAGUUGGGCAAGUUAUGGGAAGGUGUGCACGUUUACUCAUUGGAUACAGAGGGGUGACCCUGUUUUUCAUUAAAGUGUCCAAGAUAUUCAUAUCAUCCAUAUCACUAGCUUGGUUAUUGGUUAUGCCUUUUCCUUAUGUAUGUCCACGUGUUUUUAAAAUGUUUAUCACAUGUACCAAGACAACAGGCCGUGCCACCUGUAAAUACCACCAUUAGAAAAUAAAGGCUACUAUUUUUCAAACCUGA